GAUAAUACAGAGAAAGAUCUUUCUGAUCUUCUAAAACGACCAGACUCCAUUUUGGAGCCAGGCGUUUCAGAGCUUGCAAAUAGUUUUAUUGAAACAUCUGGAAAUCCUUCCGACUUGGUUGUAUACUUGUCCGAUAGUUAUACUGGUGCUUCAGAGCAGAUACGGUAUAUACAAGAUUUAUUUAAUGAAUUUUGUGAAGGCGAUACGGAAGCAUUAGUGCAGGAUAUUAUGAGCAAAAUGGUUUUAGAUAAAUAUGAUAAUGCGAGCAUCGAGCAGUCUUUCAAUAAAAAUUCAAAGCAAUUAUUACAAAAUACUCUGGGUUUAGUAGAAAGUCCAUAUUGGCGUAAUAUCAUUUACCAAUUAUCAGUUAAAUAUCCUACAAGCUCUUUCCUUAAUAUACUUAUAAAG